ACUGAAAUGAGCAAAUUGGUUUCGUUCAUUACCACAUAUUUGCUCAUUCUAUACAAGCUAGAAAAAUUAAGCAAAUUGCGCUAAACAAUAUUGCUCAUUAUUUUUUGUUUUUAAUAUCAAAAAAAUAAUAAUUGCCCAAAAUUUUUGGUUUUUUUUACUCUAGAUAUUGGUCAUACUGCCACUUUGCCAGUUUUGUUUACACUUUUUUUGCUCUUCUCCGGUUCUCCCCCCUUCCUUUGGGUGGAAAGUGGCAAGGGUAGAACCAAACACCCACCUCAACCACCACCGCCAAAAUCACUGGAAAUUUCCCACCAUUAUUCAUUAUUCUCCAAUUUUUCUCCUCCUAAAAAUUCCUUUCAAUGGAAAAUCUAUUAAAUUCAAAGACUAACAUGAUCCCUAAUCUCUGCUUUCUGUAAAAAGUUUUGAUUUUGAUCUUUACCCAUCAAAUUACCAACACCAAAAAUGUCGGUAGCAUUACAAAGAUACCUAAAAUUGGAAUUGCGAAAAUCACUUACUCUCUCUUACCGCUACCCAAUGGCUUGCACAGAGCUUGGUGUUAUUCUUCGAUCAGCUUACUCCAAAUCCCCUAAACCCCUUCAAUCUCUUCUUCUUGAAGAUACAAUCGCCGCUUUUCGCCUCCUUCCUCAAAUGCAGACACAAAGUGCUGUUUCAGCAGCUAACCUUCUCAGCCAAUGUGCGGAGGCUGCUUUGCCAAAGCAGAAACGAAGUAUAGCAGCGACAGAGUUCAAGCAGGCAAAGGUUGCUUACAAGAGACGUGCCAAAACUCAGCUGGAAGAAAAAGAUCCUGUUCAAUUGCCUCAAGAUGUUCUUGUACAUCUCUUCAAUUUCCUGGACCUGCCGUCUUUAGUAUCUGCUGGUAUGGUGUGCCGGUCAUGGAAUGCAGCAGCAACUGACAAUUAUCUUUGGCAGCUCCAUUAUAACUGCCAUUUUGGUGACUCCCAGAGUAUUUUGAAAGUUGAGGGGCUUCAAGGUGGUGUUACUGCUGAAGAACGGCAACAUACAGCUUCAAAUGGUGUUUUUAAAGAUGCAAACUAUGACUGGAAAGAUGCUUUUAGAAGAGCAUACUCGGGCCUUCCAUCGUGGAGAUACAAGUAUAACAGAGGAUACUGUUGUCACUGCAGUUCAAUUGUUUGGCUUAGCAACUUGAAAUGCCCAAAGAAACACUUGGGUCAACAGCAGCUGAGGCCCGUGUCGCCUGGCCAGAUUGUUACAUACAUUUUUGAUGGUAAGAAGAUUUGGUUGUUGAUGCACAAUAGCGAUAGCGAAUCAGAUGAAGAUGAAGAUCCUGGUCACAAGUUCUAGGUAUAUAUCAGGCAUUAGUUCACCGAGGACGCUUGAUUAAAAGAACCAAGCAUGCCGAAAAACUAUGACGAUGUCUCUCUGAGACUAGCUUCUUUGUUAUGUCUCCAAUAUAUGCUGUAUAGAAAUCGGUAGGGUAUAUUGGUUGUAUAACAACAAUGAAUCUGAAAUAAAAUACGAAUACUAUUCUGAUUUCUUACGAA